AACUAAAAAACAGAGUCCACUAGAGAAAGUGCUCCAGUUUCAUAGCUGAGGGAAGUGGAGGAGCUUUCGAUGCAGUGAAGGGGACUUCACACUUCAGAUCGGUUGGUUUAGUUUUAUUGCAGAGAGAGAAAGAGAGAGAGAGAGAGAGGGAGAGAGAGAGAUGUCGGACCUGGACAGGCAAAUAGAGCAACUGAAGAAAUGCGAGCCUCUCAAGGAGUCCGAGGUGAAGGCUCUCUGCCUUAAAGCUAUGGAAAUCCUCGUUGAGGAGAGUAAUGUUCAACGGGUCGACGCCCCAGUAACCAUAUGUGGGGACAUCCAUGGGCAAUUUUAUGACAUGAAGGAGCUAUUCAAAGUGGGUGGUGAUUGUCCGAAGACAAACUACUUGUUUUUGGGGGAUUUUGUCGAUAGGGGAUUUUAUUCUGUUGAAACGUUUCUGCUUUUAUUAGCCCUGAAGGUGAGAUACCCAGAUCGAAUAACAUUGAUAAGAGGGAAUCAUGAGAGUCGCCAGAUUACACAGGUGUAUGGAUUUUAUGAUGAGUGCCUACGUAAAUAUGGCUCUGUGAACGUCUGGAGAUAUUGUACAGAUAUAUUUGAUUAUUUAAGUCUGUCAGCCCUCAUUGAGAACAGGAUUUUCAGCGUCCAUGGUGGUCUCUCUCCUGCUAUAUCCACAUUGGACCAGAUUAGAACAAUUGAUCGGAAGCAAGAAGUACCCCAUGAUGGUGCCAUGUGUGAUCUUUUGUGGUCAGAUCCUGAAGACAUUGUAGAUGGUUGGGGUUUGAGUCCCCGAGGUGCUGGUUACCUAUUUGGUGGCAAUGUUGUUACUUCUUUCAACCACUCGAAUAAUAUUGAUUUCAUAUGCCGUGCACAUCAAUUGGUAAUGGAAGGAUAUAAAUGGAUGUUCAACAACCAGAUUGUUACAGUCUGGUCAGCUCCUAACUACUGUUACAGAUGUGGUAACGUGGCUGCAAUUCUUGAAUUGGAUGAGAACUUGAACAAGCAAUUCCGGGUGUUUGAAGCAGCUCCACAUGAAUCAAGAGGAGCUCCUUCCAAGAAACCUGCACCAGAUUACUUUCUUUGAGAUCUUGCUUAAAGGGGUUUCUCUUCCAAUCAUCUAGUGGACAAAUAGAUUUACAGUGAUGACCGAAAGCUCCUCCCAGAGUCAAUGGACUGGCACUGUAAAAGAUCAGCUUCUCAUAUGGUCGACAAGAUUGAUACUUUUGGGUUCUUGAUCGGUUUGGUAUACUAGGUUAAUUUUUUUCUUUUGUCAUUAUUUUCUGUAAGAUUAGAAAUAUGUUUCAUUACAUGUCUGUGUCAUUAAUAUGGAUUCCUGGCCUCUCUCAGCUCAGAGCUAGGAAUCAACAGUUUCAUAUGGAAAUGGAAAAGGAAGUUCUGUUACCAACUUUGGGAGCAAAUGCAAGGCAAGGAUUGGGUUAGAAACAUACUAUUUGGCAAUGAAAGAGCUUACAUUAGUUUUGUUUACUCAAUCAUCACCUUAUGCCCCCCACUCUUUCCCCGGGGCAUUCUUUCAGAAAUAUCACCUCUGGGUUGGCCUUUACAGAUACGUCAGCAACCCGCAGUCUAUUUAUUUUUGGAAUGAUCUGCAAUGUCUUGAUUUAAAUUUGAUUAAAAGGAUAAGAAUCCACCUGCCUUGGGCGCUAGUUAGUGGGUAAUUA